GUAAACAUGGCGCCGGGCUCUAGAACGUUAAGAGCUUCCGAAAUACCAAUCUACACCCUUGAUUUUCCUCAUACCUGUGUUAUUCCUUGAAAACAGCAAUGAAGGUCAGCUCAGAGGGCCAAGUAUGAAAAUAUGGAUGCCUGGAAAGCGACAAGUGAUGCAAAAUUUGGAGUUGUUGUGUACAAUUUUGACGGAAAUAUUACUCAUGGACUACGGUUAACCAUUGGCGAAACUGUGCACAUUUUAGAAGAAUGCGCAGGUUGGUACAGGGGAUGCACUUUACGAAACAAAUCUGUAAAGGGUAUCUUUCCAGCAACAUAUAUUCACCUCAAGGAAUGUACUGUGGAAAAUACAGGUACUGCAAUUGAAAGUGUUGUCCCUAAAGAAGAUGCUACAGUUAAGGAGCUAACUUUGAUAUUAAGAGAAUGGUUUGUUAUCUGGAAAGACCUUUACAAGGGAAAACAAGAUCGCCUCUUUUUAGCACUAAAAACAAUCAUGUGGGAUUUAGUGGAGUGCAGGCAAAAGCUAAUAUCUGGAACACUGACACAGGACCAAAUGGAUGACAUCAAGAAGAAAGCUAUCAAUAAAAUUGACUGGGGUAACAGCAAAAUGGGGCUGGAUCUCAUUCCAAGAGUGGAUGGAGAAGUGGUUGAUGCUGACUCCACAAGUGUUGUUGAACUCUACAAAGUGCAUGUUUCAAGUGCUGAAGCUAAUCUCCAAAUAUCAGGGAGAGGAAAUUUCAAGAAGACAACCACUCGUGGUGUCAGCACUGUGAUACACCAUGUCUACCUGAACAUGACAAACUUUACGCACAACAUGGAUGAGAAGAGCCAGGUGUUUUUCUCCAUUUAUGAUGCAAGGGAAGGAAGAUUCAUCAGUGAGAGGUUUCUAGUUUCUAUUGGAAAAAGUGAUAGCACACUGAAAGUUAACCAACCACAGAAGAUUGAAAACUCAUUCUGUGUUUUUACUGACCUUGGGAGCAAGGAUGUGUUAGCUGAAGCUUUUCUUGUUGCUCACAUUGUGAGAAUAGGGAGAAUGCUUACUGAUGGUUCAUCCAAGAAGGUCUCGACUACAUCUUAUAGAAGGCCAUUUGGAUGUGCUGUGUUGGAUAUAGUGGAUGUUUUGACUGGAAGAGAAGAGCGUUUGGAAGAGAAGGAAUUCCACAUGCCAAUUUUCAGUUGUAGUGACAGUGAUUUCUGGAUGGUCCAUGAUAGUAUCAUUAGAAAACAAACUAGCAAGUACAGUGCUUCAAGCUCAAACAGCAGUAUCUCUGUUUCCCUGAGAGUGUUUCAAGGUGAUCUGGAUAAGAUUCAAAGUGAAAAUCCCCUUGUAUUGCCAAAAGGGAUUCCAGUUGUCAGAAAGUUAGGGUUUCCUGAUGUUAUCAUGCCAGGUGACAUAAGGAAUGAUCUUUAUGUUACUAUCGAAAGAGGAGAAUUUGAAAAAGGAUCAGGAAAAACUACAUCCAAAAAUGUUGAGGUUUCCAUGUGUGUCCUUGGACCCAAAGGCAAAGUGAUUGAGGAUUGUAUUUUCCUUGGGGCUGGAGGUUCCAGUGUAACGGAAUAUCAGUCCAUUAUCUUUUAUCACAACAGCAGCCCAAAGUGGAAUGAAACCAUAAAGAUACAGCUUCCCUUUGAAUUGUUCUUGGGAGCCCAUUUGAGAUUUGGCUUUAGACAUUUGUCAAAGUUUGAAGAAAGGGAGAAAGCCGACAAGACAUUUGGUUUUGCUUUUGAGAGCCUGAUGAGAGCUGAUGGGACUACCAUCUGUGAUAGUACACAUGACCUGUGUGUCUAUAAGUAUGAUGAAAAUUGUUUCUAUGACUCGAAGACUUAUCUCCACAUGCCAUCAACUUUGUCAAAAAUGGCAAACCAUACCAUUGCGGGCUCAGAUCGAUUGGUACGCAACUCGAAGGAUGCCUUUUACAUCAAAACGAUAGUGUGUUCCACAAAGCUGACUCAAAAUGUUGAUCUCGUUGGUCUGUUGAGAUGGAGACAACAGAAGCGUCAAAUCCCAUCGGUGUUAACUUCUUUGCUGAAAAUCGACGGAGAAGAAAUUGUUAAGUUUCUUCAAGACAUUUUUGACGCCCUGUUUGCCAUUCAGAACGAAAGUUCAGAACAGUGUGGAAACCUCGUGUUUCAAGCUUUGGUUUUUAUCAUCUGCAUUUUGUCUGAUGAAAAAUAUCAACACUUCCAAGAUGUGCUGACGACAUAUAUUGAAAAACAUUUCAGUGCAGCCUUGGCGCACCGGAAGCUAAUUAACCGCCUGAAACAGACCCUGAUAUAUACAGGAGAAAACGAUAAAAUGGAUAACCUCAGAAAUACCUUGACGGCCUUAGAAUAUCUUUUUAAAUUCAUUAUUCAAUCAAGAAUUCUGUUGAUCAGUAUGAAUAGAGGACGAGAUGCGAAAAGUUACGAGAAUUUUAAACAAGAGCUGGCCUCCGUGUUCACUGAUCUUAACGCACUGAUAUCCUCACGUCUCCCAGACAUAACUUUAAAAUCUCUAGCAAUGGUGAAUUUUUCAGGAAUUUAUCAAGAUUCUUUGAAAGUGUUUAGCUAUGAAGAAUUAAGUACCAUUGCGAAGGAUUUUCUUCUCAGUGCAGCAAAGGAUCAGAAAGGGCUCAACAAUAGCAGACUGCAGUUUAUUGAUGCAACAGUAAAGAGUGAGCUCUUUGUGCACAAAGAAUCAAGGGCAAUCUUGAUGCCAGUUCUUGUGGCUACCAUUCAACAACAACUGAUACAAAAGCAAGACAUGAGAAAAUGUGCCGAAAUAGUGGGAUCAAUUCUCACCUCACUGCACAAAAAAGCUGCGGAAGGUGCAACUGAAGACGACGUUUAUCUUGUGGUGAGAACCUUACUACAACCUGUGUUUCAAACGGUGAUGACUGUAGACAGAUCAAGUGAGCUUGCGAGGCAUCUCCUGGCAGUUUUGAUAAACCUGUUACUGAUUAUGAAAGAGAAACAUUACAGUCUGUAUCUGAAGGAGUUCAAAGACAACAAAGAACUCAAAGACUUCCUGGUGAAUGUCUUUGUUGUGUUCAUUGAAAUCGUAAAGCGUGGAAUCUUCCUCAGGGACUGGAUUGUCAUCAUUAUUUUGGGGAACAGUGUGAUUCUAAGGGCCACUCAGAACUUUUCACAAGCCCUGAUUGAUAACUUUUCAGGAGAUAACUUCGACUAUCAGUUGUGGAACAACUACUUCAAUCUAGCGGUAUCUUUCCUCACUCAAUCUCACCUACAACUGGAGAACUUCACUGAGGUCAAGAGAAACAAGAUCAUCGACAGGUAUGGUGACAUGAGGCAGGUCAUGGGGUUUGAGAUUGUUCAGAUGUGGCAGGGUCUUGGUUCCUUUCAGAAGAAUUUCAUGCUGAGUAUGGUUUGUCCUUUCUUGGAAAUGACUUUGGUUCCUGAAACAGAAUUACGUAAAGCAACAUUACCCAUAUUCUUUGACAUGGUACAAUGUGAACUUAAUUCCAAAGGCGCGGCCACGAUGGUGGAAACCAAAAUUGUAAACGAACUCGACCGACUUGUCAGUAUGGAUAAGAAGGGCGACAGGGAGUACAAGAAACUCUUCAAGGAAAUUCUAACAGAAAAGUUUGAUGACGAGAUACUGUUUCGUGAGGAAGGCUUAGCGUUUGUGAAUCGAGUAACGGACCUCCUAGAGUUACUUCUAGAAUACAGGAGGGUGUCUGGUGAAGAUGAUAGAGAACAGAAAAUGAGCUGCCUUGUAAAUCUGUCGGAAUUUUACCAGAAGAUUGGUCGUGAAGACAUGUAUAUCAGGUGUAUAAACAGACUUUGUGAACUUCAUAUUGCGAUAGAGAACUUCACAGAAGCUGGUUUUACCGUCUUGAAACACGCAGAGUUACUCAAGUGGCCUGAGACGAUGCCUGAGGAUUCCCCCGAAAUUUUUAAAGAGUUCCAGCUGAAGGAAAAGUUGUAUUUGGACGCCAUUGACUUCCUGGACAAAGGAAAGACAUGGGAGAAGGCGAUUGAACUAUGCAAAGAGCUGACGGAGCAAUACGAAUUGCUGCUGUGUGAUUACGUUAAACUUGGAGACAUUUUGAAAAAACAGGCCAAGUUCUUCGACAACAUCAUGACCCAGGUUCGGGCAGAAUCUGAGUACUUUAGAGUCGGGUUCUACGGCAAAGGCUUCCCAUUAUCAGUGAGGAACAAGGCUUUUGUUUACCGAGGUCACGAAUACGAGAAAAUCGGCUCCUUUAAUCAGAGACUGAAGGCGCAGUUCCCUGAUGCUCUGAUGAUGGACAAGAACACACCGCCAGAAGACGACAUCUUGGAAUCUGACAAGCAAUAUCUGCAGUGUUGCCGAGUGAUUCCUAUCUCAGAACACGAAGCACGUUUUGCUGGCAAAGUCGUAGAUGAUAAAAUUGCAGGUUAUUACCGGGUGAACGAUGUCAGAAGGUUUACUAACUCAAGACCUUUGCGUCCAGGUUCGGAGGAUUUUGCGAACUUAUGGUUAGAAAGAACGACCUACACGAUCGCUUCACCUCUGCCUGGAAUUCUUCGAUGGUUUCAAAUCACAUCUUCAGAAAGCGUUGAAAUCAGCCCCCUUCUCAAUGCAGUUGAAACUGUGGAAUCGAAGAACAAAGAGCUCGAUAGGAUCAUCGCUAAUCUGUCCUCAGAUAGGAAUCAGAGUAUCAACCCUCUGAGUAUGAUACUUAAUGGUAUCAUAGAUGCUGCUGUUAUGGGAGGGAUAGCCAAGUAUGAAGAGGCAUUUUUCGCCCCAGACUAUUUAAUGAAUAAUCCAGGCGAUAGGCAACUCAUCGACCAACUAAAGCGCGCCAUAGGAAAUCAGGUGAAGAUCUUGGAGAAAGGUCUGAAUCUUCACGAUGAACUAGCAACCAAGGACUUGAGACCGUUUCAUAACAAAAUGGAGACUUGUUUCGCCGACAUGAAGGCUCGUGUCUCAGGGGAGGAGAGAAAGUCUGCCAGGCCUAAAGACCUCCAGAUCCCGUUACCGGCAGUACCCGUGAAUCAAACGUCAACACCAGGGUUUGUGAAGGCAGUAAGAAAACAGAGUUUACCCGGAGAUUUGGGAAGGGAAAGUGUUCCAGCAGCGGCGGCGACCAUGAAGCUGAGGCGGCAAAGUGAAAAUCGAUCACGACAGAGUUUGUGGUAUGAAAGCGAUGAUAUUCCGUCCAAAAAGAUGUCUGGUUCUAAAUCCUUGGAGGCUCUCUCUGAAAUAGAUGAAUCUUCGCCACCAGUUCCAACGAAGAAAAACUCCAAACCAGAUCUUGCUUCUGGGCACUCGCCUGAGACGAUCCGUAGAAGGAUGGGUCUUGGUGGAAAACUUCAACAACGAAGUUCCUCCCCAGCGGGAAUGUUAAGGACUGUGCUAUCACCUCAAGCAAAUGGGGAAAUAUCCCCCGCCCUCCCUCCCAAGCGUAAAAGUGUCUUAAUUUCAAGUCCACAAGACAGCACCUCGUCAGUCCCUCCACCCCUUCCUACACGUACAUCUAUUGGUCUGUCAGCAGAUAAUUCUGUAAACGGAGCUGUUACUGGGAACGAGCCCAGGGAGGCCCCUGCAGUUGAUGACGUCAAUCUUCCCGCUUUACCUCCCAAGAAGUCUGUAUCUAGAAUGUCUCUGGAUAGCGAAUCAGGGUUUCCAGAAAAACCAAUGCGCCCUGAUACUCUGACGUUUGCUGAAGAUGAUUCGAACUCAGAACCUGUUCCUGUGUUGCCAGAGAAACGUAAAAGCUACGCCAGCACCACUUCCAGUCGAGCGUCUUCCUCAGUCUUCUCUGAUACAGCUUCAGAUUUCCCGUCUCCAAUGUCCCCUUCAGUUCCUUUAAAAUUUCAAAAACAAUUUCCUGAUAGACUCCAGGUUGGGUCGUCAACGCGAGAUUCCCGUGGAUCAACUCUUCCAUCGGGGUCUACAAGCUCAACAAUAUCCCUGGGAACUCCCCGCCCGGGGUCUUUCACAGCUCCAAGGCCAAGUGGCAGUGGACCAAAUAACUAUAGUUACGUAACACCACCAUCGUCUCCACGAGUUCCCUACGACUACGUUUCUUCACCCAAUGAGUCAGUAGCAAGCUGGGUAUCGAACAGCACACAAUAUUUUUCAGCUUCGUCUUCCUUUGACAGCGACAUCUUUUCCCCAGGAACACCUCCAAAGCGCGAAUCCAACAUAGAUGUUCCGCCGCCAUCACCGUCAUCCAUCUCGCGGAGUGUAGAUCUUUUAGCAACGUCGCCCACGAAGAACGAUUCUACCCCACCACUUAUUCCGUUUAAAGGAACUCAUCACUUCUCCACAUCCGUUGAAAAGGUUGAAACAUUUUCAUUUUCGGAAACAACGUUAACGGGGACAUCAACGAUGACGUCAUCGACAGAGGAAGAGUCUGUUGACCAACCAGUGAAACCCCGUACCCCAGUCCCAGUCCCACGGAGGAACACGAUGAGCCCGUCGUCAAGUCGACCAACGGGUUCGUUAUCUCGAUCACGCUCUGAUGUGUCGGAUGGUAACCAAGGUCCCGGGCGGGUAACUCCGCCCCCAAUUAAACCCCGAAAGUCCACAAGUCUUUCAUCAGAUCAAGGUCCAAAGUCCCCUCCGCCACCCAAACCUCCCAGACCUUCGCAGGCCAGGGAACCUCCACCAAAGCCCAAACCUUACGCUUCCAGAUCAGUGGAGAACUCGCCUGCGGUUCAAAGAAAAGCGGUCAGUGAAAGCAUGCAGAACAUUCCACCUGGAGAAAAAAAUGGAUCGUGACCACAUCCAUUAAGAUGUAAAGAGAUUCAGCGCAACCUGUCUUCCCUGAUUUUCUUUGAACAGCGGCGUCCUCACUUGGAUUUAAAUAAAUAUAUGCUUCCCGCAAGCGAACUCGUAUUUCAGGCUUAAAUGCCCUUAAAAUUUGAACCCAAGAUUCAUUCAAGCAAUUCGUUUUCUUUCGCUGGAAAAUAGCUAAAAAAACAUACCUUAAACUAAAACGUACUUUUCCAGCAUAUUGCACUCCAUCUACGACAGUUUAUAACGCACUUAAACUACGAAAACGGAUGGGUCCUCCUUUUGUAAAAUGGUCGUUAAUUACUGCACAUAAUGUACAGAGAUAAAUGCUUAUUAGGCACAAGAUAUCAUAAUAUGUAACAAAAUUAUCGUUGCUGACAAAAAUUAUGAAGCAUUUCCUCAGGUUGAAAUAGUAGAAUAGGUACCAUAAUUAUAAGUAAAGAAAUACGGUCUUGAAUAUAGGAUUUUUUCUUUGUGAAUACGACCUUUUAAUAUUGAAAAUACUGUGCAAGGUAUAAGUUGAAGUAUCUUCAUGUUUUUUUCAAUUUGUGAAAAUUGUAGUUACCCUAAUGACUAAAUGAGCAAGGAAGCUUAUAUUUGAGUUCAUUGUAUUUUUAUGAGAUUUU